UUCAUCUCUUAUGCAACUCACAUGAAUGCUUACCAUUUGUUGAAGUUAUGGAGAAUGUCUUUGUGAUUACUCUGCCUUUGUUCUGCUUGAUGGCCACCACAUCUGCAAGCCUUCAUGUGUUGGGUCCUGUCCAUCCCAUCAUAGUGGUCACAGGUGAAGAGCUGCUUCUGCCCUGUUACCUUUCGCCCAACAUCAGUGCUGAGAACAUGACGGUGACCUGGCUGUUAAACCACACAGGUGCACUUGUGCAUCUCUACACAAACGGCAGUGACAGAAAUGACCAACAGCACGCUGAUUACAGAGGGAGGACCGCUCUGCUCAAGGAGGAACUCAGCAGUGGAAAUACUUCACUAAAACUGACCAACGUCACAGUCUCAGACGAAGCAAACUAUACAUGCUCUAUUCAAGAUGGACACUGGCAUGAGGAAAUCUCUCUUCAGAUCAAGGUCAACGAAAUUACUGAGGUUGAAAAGGUGAGAAAGUAUGGAGUGAAUGUGACCCUGGAUCCCGCCACCGCCCAUCCACAGCUCAUCCUGUCCGUUGACAGGAAGCAGGUCACCUGCGGAGACGCGCCAGGAAGUGUAGAUCCCAGCACGGAGCGGUUCACCACGGACCUCUGCGUCCUGGGCCGAGAGGGCUUCACCUCUGGUAUGCACUAUUACGAGGUGCUGGUGUGGAGGAAGCGUGACUGGACUGUGGGUCUGGUCUGGGAGCACGUCAACCGCAACAGCCCACUGAAGGACCACAUAUGUGACCUGUACCUAGCCCUUGAGCUGCGUGAUGGAACUUGCUAUUCUAGCGAGUCCAGCGACGCCAUCGUUCAGCUAAGGGAGGACAUCCAGAAGAUUGGAGUGUUUGUGGAUUAUGACGAGGGCAUUGUCAGUUUCUACGACGUGGGGGAUGAUUACAUAGAUCAUUUAUAUUCGUUCAGUCAGUAUUGCUUCGCUGGAAAAACACUCUACCCUGUCUUCAGUCCUGGGGCCAGUGGUCUAAAGUCUGCUCCAUUGAUUGUACUUCCGGUGUGGGACAUUGAAUUUAAGCCAAUGCCAGAGAAUGUCUAA